AUGGGCAAAUUAAGUAGAGAUCGCAGAGACAUUUACUAUAGGAGAGCAAAGCAAGAGGGAUUUCGUGCGAGAUCAGCAUAUAAGUUGAUUCAGAUAGAUGAGGAAUAUGAUAUAUUCAACGAUGUUACAAGAGCAGUGGAUUUAUGCGCAGCUCCUGGAAGUUGGAGUCAAGUUUUGAGCACAAAGUUGUUCAAUAAUUCGGAGAAAAGUCAAAUUCAGGCCAAAGAAGCUGACAAUUCAGACUCGAAUAACAAGGAAACACCAUUAAUUGUUGCAGUUGAUCUCCAAGAAAUGGCUCCGAUUGAUGGGGUAAACAUUAUUAAAGGAGAUAUUACCUCACAGAAAACCGUAAAUCAGAUUUUGGAGUAUUUUCAAGGUAAAAAAGCAGACUUGGUAUUAUGCGAUGGAGCACCAGACGUAACAGGAUUGCAUGAUAUUGACGAAUAUAUACAAAACCAGCUCUUAAUAUCUUCACUUAGCAUUACAUCCAAACUAAUGAGGAAAGGUGGAACAUUUAUUGCAAAAAUUUUCAGAGGAGAAAAUGUGUCAAGGAUUUAUCAACAGAUGUUUUAUUACUUUGAACUUGUUGAUUGUUGCAAGCCUGAAAGUUCUAGAAAUUCAAGUCUAGAAGCUUUUAUUGUUUGUAGGUUUUUUAAAUUUGAUGAUAAUCAAGAUCAAUCUGAAAGUAGUUUAAGUAUCCCAGAUCCACUUACCGUUCCUUUUAUUUCCUGUGGAGAUCUUUCUGAAUAUGAUCCUGACAAAACAUAUGAGGCUGAAUAUAGUAACUCACUUGAACCUAUACAGCCUCCAAUAAACGCACCAUAUCACUAA